AUGAAAGUUAUUCGAAAUGCUUGCGCAGUUGCCAGCUUAUGGACUGCUGGCGUCCAUGCUGUCAAUAACGGUCUGGGACUUACACCUCAAAUGGGCUGGAACAACUGGAAUUCCCUCUUUUGCGAUGUUUCCGAAUCCCUCCUGUUAGAUACUGCCGAAAUCCUCAUUGAAGCUGGUCUACGAGACUUGGGCUAUAAUUAUGUUGUUUUGGACGACUGUUGGUCAGACGGGAGAGACGAAACAGGCCAUCUAAGACCAGACCUUGAAAAGUUUCCAAAUGGAAUGAAAUCAGUUGCCGAUCACCUCCAUCGAAAUGGAUUGCUUUUUGGCAUGUACUCGAGUGCAGGUGAACUUACUUGUGCACGAUAUGAGGGAUCUCUUGAUUACGAAAAGGAAGACGCAGAGAGUUUCGCUUCUUGGGAGGUUGAUUACUUGAAAUAUGACAACUGCUACAACAUGGGCCGGAUGGGCUCACCUUUGACGUCCUUCAACCGAUACAAGGCAAUGUGGGAUGCUCUCAAUGCAACUGGGCGCCCCAUUUUUUACAGCUUAUGCAAUUGGGGAGAAGAUUAUUCUCAUUCAUGGGGAGCAUCUAUUUCCAAUUCUUGGCGUAUGUCCGGCGACAUCUACGACUCAUUCGCACGUCCAGAUCCAAUUUGCAGCUGCACCAAUUUUGAUAAUCCACUGUGCGUGUCUCCCGGUAGCCAGUGCUCUGUUCUCUUUAUUUUGAAUAGGGUGGCAACAUUUGUCGAUAAAUCACAGCCAGGUGCUUGGAAUGAUCUGGACAUGCUCGAAGUCGGCCAAGGGGGUAUGACUGAUGAGGAGUAUAAAGCGCAUUUUGCCAUGUGGGCCGCGGUGAAAUCUCCCCUUCUCCUUGGCAAUGACCUCCGUGUUAUGGACGCAAAAACACUUUCUAUUGUGAACAAUCCGGCGAUUAUUGCGCUCAGCCAAGACCCGAUGGGCGAGCCUGCUGUUCGAGUUUAUCGGAACGAGAAUGUGCCUAAGGAUGAAUAUGGGAUCGGAGAGACACAUGUGUGGAGUGGCCGCCUGGCUUUGGGUGAUCAGGUUGUUAUCUUGCUCAAUGUGGCUGAUGAAGAUCUUCAAAUGAAGGUCCCCUUGAGUGAAAUCUUUAUCCGUGACGGACCUGGAGGAAGUGCCCCUCAGGUUUCCCACGACUGGGAUGUGUAUGACCUAUGGGCAAAUCGCAUGGCGGACUCUGACGCUCAAUCCAUUCUUGACGCCAAAAAUGAGGCCGCUCGAGAGGCAGUAUUCAAACGACUCAACUGGUAUAACUCUACUGAAACUGCUUACGCUGAUGGUCUGCAAAAACAAGAUUCUCGCUUGAUGGGAAAGAAAAUUGGCACUGUUAACGCCGGCGGUGUUUUAGAAUCUUCUGUGGAGCGCCAUAGUGCCAAAGUAUUCCGUUUACGCAGCGCCAAUGGUGAACCUCCAAAGAGGAAAGCGACAGUCAAAGACAAGGAAAUCAAGGAUGAACUCUAG